CCAUAAUUUUCUCUAACCUGCGAAAAAAAAAGCGUAUCUUAUCCACGUGGGUGAAAUAAACACAGUAACUAAAUGAUAAAAAUCGUUAAUUAUUAAUCGUUAUUAAAAUGGUAGUAAGUGACCCAAGUGACUGUGACAAGUUAACAGAAUUAAAUACAUCUCUAAAUAAAUCAACAGCAAUUGUAGAAAGCCAGGAUUCAUCAAAACGAAAAAGCCACCUUGAAUCAACACCAAAGCGCAAGAGUAUUCUAAAAGUCAGGGCAAGUUUCUCGGAUGAUCAUAAGAUGGAAAUGGACUUACCUGACCUUCAACCCGGAAGCGUAGGAAGUGGAGACAAUUUUUUGAGCAAUUCUGCGGAAUUUUACCAGUCUCUAGAAGAAUUUGUAGCUCAGGAGCGCUUGAUUACAUGUGAAGGAGAAGCUUCCUUCUGCUGCCAGGACAUCGAGGAGGAUGAUGAGCUAUUCCUGAUUGACAUUCCCAGGCACCUUAAUCCCCAUGAUCUGCUAGGUGUGACUCUGGACACUGAAAGAACCAAGAAGAAGCUUAAGAUUAGCCAUCAGAAGUACACCUGGAUCCCUGAUGAAGAAAGCAGAGAUAUUACCUGCAUUUUUCCGACCAGAGAAGACAAAAAGCCCUUCCGUGCUCUCAGUGUCAAGGCUUUGGGGAAAAUUUGUAUCAAUAAGGCUAAAAUUGCUAAGCCAGAAGAGGAUAUGGAUGAGCAAGAUGAUUGCAAAGGAGAGAAAAAAGUAUUUUUUCCUCAAGGGUUGAAAAUUAGGAACCCUCUGUCAGGAGAACCAGUCAAGGUCAAGAAAGGAAAGAAGAUCAAGGUUAAGGAGGAGAAGAAUAGUUCUGAUGAAGAUUAAUUAGGUUUUAUGUAUUAGAAAUGUAAAUUUUAAGUUGGUUUUAAUAAAUAUUUUGGUAUU